AUGGGACAACAACCUCAGGGGACAACCUCAGGGGACAACCUCAGGGGACAACAACCACAGGGGACAACCUCAGGGGACAACCACAGGGGACAACAACCUCAGGUGACAACAACCUCAGGAGACAACCUCAGGGGACAACAACCUCAGGGGACAACCUCAGGUGACAACAACAAAAGGGGACAACCACAGGGGACAACCACAGGGGACAACCUCAGGGGACAACCUCAGGGGACAACCACAGGUGACAACCUCAGGGGACAACCUCAGGGGACAACCACAGGGGACAACCACAGGGGACAACCUCAGGUGACAACCUCAGGGGACAACCUCAGGGGACAACCACAGGGGACAACCUCAGGGGACAACCACAGGGGACAACCACAGGGGACAACAACCACAGGGGACAACCACAGAAGACAACCACAGGUGACAACAACCACAGGGGACAACAACCACAUUGGACAACCACAGGGGACAACCACAGGGGACAACAACCACAGGGGACAACCACAGGGGACAACCACAGGGGACAACAACCACAGGGGACAACCACAGAAGACAACCACAGGUGACAACCUCAGGGGACAACCUCAGGGGACAACCUCAGGGGACAACCUCAGGGGACAACAACCACAGGGGACAACCACAGGGGACAACCUCAGGGGACAACCACAGGUGACAACCUCAGGGGACAACAACCACAGGGGACAACCUCAGGGGACAACCUCAGGGGACAACAACCACAGGGGACAACCUCAGGGGACAACCUCAGGGGACAACAACCACAGGGGACAACCUCAGGUGACAACCUCAGGGGACAACAACCACAGGGGACAACCACAGAAGACAACCACAGGUGACAACCUCAGGGGACAACAACCACAGGGGACAACCUCAGGUGACAACCUCAGGGGACAACCUCAGGGGACAACAACCUCAGGGGACAACCUCAGGGGACAACCUCAGGCGACAACCUUUGGGGACAACAACCUCAGGGGACAACCUCAGGGGACAACCUCAGGGGACAACAACCACAGGGGACAACCACAGAAGACAACCACAGGUGACAACCUCAGGGGACAACAACCACAGGGGACAACCUCAGGGGACAACCACAGAAGACAACCACAGGUGACAACCUCAGGGGACAACAACCACAGGGGACAACCUCAGGGGACAACCUCAGGGGACAACAACCACAGGGGACAACCUCAGGUGACAACAACCACAGGGGACAACCACAGAAGACAACCACAGGUGACAACCUCAGGGGACAACAACCACAGGGGACAACCUCAGGUGACAACCUCAGGGGACAACCUCAGGGGACAACAACCUCAGGGGACAACCUCAGGGGACAACCUCAGGCGACAACCUUUGGGGACAACAACCUCAGGGGACAACCUCAGGGGACAACCUCAGGGGACAACAACCACAGGGGACAACCACAGAAGACAACCACAGGUGACAACCUCAGGGGACAACAACCACAGGGGACAACCUCAGGUGACAACCUCAGGGGACAACAACCACAGGGGACAACCACAGAAGACAACCACAGGUGACAACCUCAGGGGACAACAACCACAGGGGACAACCUCAGGGGACAACAACAACAGGGGACAACCACAGGGGACAACCUCAGGGGACAACCACAGGGGACAACCACAGGGGACAACCACAGGGGACAACCACAGGGGACAACCUCAGGGGACAACCACAGGGGACAACCUCAUGGGACAACCUCAGGGGACAACCUUUGGGGACAACAACCUCAGGGGACAACCUCAGGGGACAACCUCAGGGGACAACCACAGGGGACAACCACAGGUGACAACCACAGGGGACAACCACAGGGGACAACCACAGGUGACAACCUCAGGGGACAACAACCACAGGGGACAACCACAUGGGACAACCACAGGUGACAACCACAGAUGA